AUGCUUUUAGGAUUAUCAGAUUAUGCCCAGAUGGCCAGAAACUUCUUCCCACCCGCCCCUGCGCUCUUGCCAGAGGACUAUCCGUCUUUGGCCGGCAAGGUGGUGAUUGUCACCGGUGGUAACUCUGGUGUGGGAUUCGAGACUGUCAAACUCUUGGGUGCGGCCGGUGCCAAGGUUUACAUUUUUGCCAGAAACGAGGCCAGUGCGCUCCAGGCGAUCGAGGACGCCAAGAAGACGGUCAAGGACAUUGAUGUUCACUUUGUGAAGGCUGAUUUGAGCGACUUGACCACCAUCAAGCCUGCAGCUGAGGCAUUUUUGGCACGCGAAUCUAGAUUGGAUCUUGUGAUCCACAAUGCCGGUGUGAUGGUCCCACCAGUGGGUUCCACCUCCGCUCAAGGCUACGAGUUGCAGUUAGGUACCAACGUUAUCGGUCCGUUUGCGUUACAGAAGCUCUUGACUCCUGUGAUGUACGAGACGGUGGAGAAGUUUAGCACAGCUAACGAAUCCAGAAUUGUUUGGGUCACCUCCUCCGCCCACGGGAUUUCGCCAAAGCACGGUGUCAACUUGGACAACUUGAACGACUUGACUGCAGACGUAUGGGCCAACUACGGACAAUCCAAGGCCGCCAUGAUAAUUGCUGCAGCCCAGUGGGCUAAGCAAAACCCGAAGGAGGCAUCCAAGAUUGUCACCAUCUCGGUCGAUCCGGGUAACUUGAAAACCAACUUGCAGAGAAACAUGUCUUGGUUUUCUGGGAAGCUUACGCAGUACACGUUUCACCCUGCUAUUUACGGUGCGUACUCCGAGUUGUUUGGCGCCUUGUCUCCAACCAUCACCACCGCCAAUAACGGUGGGUACAUUAUUCCGUGGGGCAGAGUCGGUAGAAUCAGAGGCGACGUUGCCGAAUCUGCCAACAACGAGAUUGGUGAAAAGUUCUACAAGUACUUGGAGGAUGAGACGGCCAAGUAUUUGUAG